AGGGGGAGGGUUGUGGGGAUUGGGAGAGGGUUAUUUGGGGUGUGGGUGGAAAGCAGAGGAAGAUUUGGUCAAGGGAGAAGGAGCAGAACUUGAGGCAGUGUUGAGGUGGGACAGAGAUGAGAUGGGUGGGAAAGGGAGUGGGGUUAUGAGGGAGUAAGGCUGGAGGAAAGCUUGGAGAAGGGACCAAAAGAAUCCCAGAGGCCCAAGUAAAGAGUAAUGUGGGGUAUAUGGACUGGGAGAGAGGAGUUGAGGUAGGACAGGGUGCUUGAAGUGAAGGGGAAACAUGCACAAUGGUCGUGGAUAGGGCUGGAAGAGUGAGAGCUGGAGCAAAGGAGUGAGGGGUGCUUUUACACAGAGCAGGGUUUGCUGGAGAUGAGGCCUUGGGGAUGGGAGAAUGUGGGACAGUGGCUGAGGAGGUUGGAAGGGGUGGUUUGGGUGAGCACAGAAAAUGAAAGCAGGAGGAUGAUGGGGUGGGCUAGUGGUGGGUUAGGGGGUGAUCGCCAGGAUAAGACUGGUCUUUAGGUGUGUGGGGAGCUGAGCUGGUGGGGAGGGAACUCUGGGAUGUGGGAAGAGCUAAGAAGUUGAAAAUGGAGGACUUGAGGCUGGCAUGUUGGCCUGGACGUGCAGGGAGGCAUUGCUUCCAUCGAUGGAUCAGUAUGGCUACAUGGGGGGAAGUGAGGUUGAAAGAUCUGUCGAACAGGAGAGUUUGGGCUUGCUUUUUUUCUUUUUCUUUAAAAUCAAUUCUGUUCGAGUCAGUUCAGCUGUUACCAAGGAGGUCUCCUCCUCCCUUUCCUGCCCUGCUCGCUGAACGUGUCCACAUCGCCCUUUUUCUUUCUCACAAAACUUGCUCCACUGUGGAUGGAUCAAUGUCACUUCCCAUGUUGUUGUGUCCUACUGUGCAGUCAGGACUGUACUUGAUAAUGCCUCGUAGUUACCAUGGAUAUUGGCUUCCCUUAAAACCCUGCUCUGGCUGUCAGACCUUGUGUGACUGCAGCGUAUAAUGAUGAUUUUGCUGCAGGUGGCAACUGAUUGUCAUGACUUCAAACGUUUCCCUCUGAUUUGCUUGUUCACUGGGCCAAAGUGAGAGAUGGCUGCAGAAGCCAAGUACAGCAUUAUUCGGGAAGUGGGCCGAGGGAACUAUGGGGUGGUUUAUGAGGCAAUUGUUAACAAAACCAGAAGCAAAGUAGCUGUGAAAAGGAUGCAAUGUAACGUGCCUGAAAAUGCAGAGCUGGCUUUGCAAGAGUUCUGGGCCCUGCAAAGCAUCCAGAGGCAACAUGAAAACGUGAUCCAGUUGGAGGAGUGCAUUCUGCAGAAUGGCCAAAUCUUUCAGCCCAUUAGUCACCAUUACAGGAAGUCAAACAGCCACUUGCUGCUGAUUGAGACCUGUCUGAAAGGGCGGAGGUGCAUGGACCCCAGGUCGGCCUGCUUUCUGUGGUUUGUGAUGGAGUUCUGUGAUGGUGGCAACAUGAAUGAGUACCUGCUGUCCCGCGGCCCGGAUGCCCAGCUGAAUAACAGCUUCAUGCAGCAGCUCAGCAGCGCUGUGGCUUUCCUGCACAGGAACCAGAUUGUGCACAGAGACCUGAAAGCGGACAAUAUUUUGAUCUCUCAUAAACGUGGGAAUCCCAUAGUAAAGGUGGCAGAUUUUGGCCUCAGCAAGGUGUGUCGGGGGAAAGGGAACGUGAACCAGCACCGCUUCUCCUCUGCAUGUGGGUCAAACUUCUACAUGGCUCCAGAAGUGUGGGAGGGUCACUACACAGCCAAGGCUGAUGUGUUUGCCCUCGGGAUCAUUUUCUGGGCUAUGGUGGAGAGGAUCACCUUCCGUGAUGGAGAUACUGAGAAGGAAUUGCUUGGAACUUACAUCUGCCAAGGCAAGGAGCUUAUUCCUCUUGGGGAGGCGUUGCUGGAGAAUCCCAACCUGAAGCUACAGAUUCCUCUGAAGAACAAGAAGUCCAUGCCAGAUGAUCUCUGCAAGCUCCUGCACGAUAUGCUGGCUUUUAACCCAAAGAAAAGAUUGGACUCCUUCCAGCUGGAAGUCCGAAUCAGGCAAAUCUCCUACGGCAAGAAGUGCCAACGCUCCCCCUCAUAGAGACAAAGGGCACUCAGGUGUUGUGUCCCACCGUGCUCUGGAGGCCUCAUAGAUGGUGAACAAAUGAUUUCCUUUGGAAUGAUGGUGAGAGAUGGGUACUGAAACCUUGCUGCCUUCCAGUUUGCCCCAGACGGUUUUAUUUAAAUGGACAGUAACUUUAUUUAUUUGUACAGUAAUUUUAAGAGAACUACAAAAUUUUUAUUUCUAUGCAAGCUUUCCUUUUGUAACACGUGUUCUUUAACGCAGCAAGUGGCAUAGGUGAAACCCUGGCUGGGAUGAUCUUACCUGUUUGGCUACACGUGGCACAGGGUUUCUGAAGUGGUUUCCUUGAAGAAAACCCUCAUCCAUCCUUCUGCAGCUACUCUGUGCCUGCCCUGUUGGAGGACCCCAAAGAAACGGGCACAAAUGGUCUCAAAACUAUCACCUCUGCCCUGCUGCAUGUUGACUAGCUCUCAGCCCUGGCUUCGUGCUGAUAAUGCUAUGUUGCUUGUCCUUGGCACAGAAGACAGGAGUUGUCUUUGCAGGGUUUAAUUGGAGCUUUGUGUGUGAUUCCUCAUGUUGCUGGGCCACGUAACUGAGUGAUGGCUGUGGGAUGAGCUGGCACAGCGCUCGGUGUCUGCUCUGAGAAGUUUGAACAGAAACAAGAAUGUAUUUUCCUCACUUUUGAAUAUUCUUGCUUAGAUUAACUAAAAUGCUUUCUUAAAAUAAAUACAAAGAAUGUUAAAGAUGCCAACUCUUGAUUAGAACGUAUGCGUCACUAACACUUAAAGUAGUUUAAGGAAUCAUGCUUCCUGCUGUGUUAGCUGCUUGUGCCAGCUGUUCUUACAAGAGAAAUGAAAAGGACUGAACUGGAAUUUUGGCAGGUAAAUGGGGACUCUAAUUUGUACCCUGUUUGAAAAGUAUUUUUAUGAGUCUGUAAACCUCUGCUGAUCUUUUCUUUUCUUAAGAAGCUGGGAGCCCCUGAAUGCUUCCUUCUGCACUCCUCUGUUGUGCAAAGCUGAAAUAGUGUCCUUCAGGGACAGCUUCCCCUUCUAGGAAAGGACCAAACUGUCUGAAGAGGUGACUUGGUGAGCCUCUUUGCAACGUAGCAGACCUUGGCUAGCUGUGUGUUUCUCCCUCCUGUAAGAUUGUGACUGCAGUAGAGAAGGCUGCUUGUAGGCAGUGUCAGAAGCCUAAUUCAUGGAGAGGAUCUUUCCUCCUGCAAUGUCUUUAUCCAGAGGCUGUGCUGCCCUUCUGUGAGAACUGACUUGGAAUGUUUUCUCACUUGCUGCCCCAGGCUGCAAAAUACAGCCUUUAGUUGUCUUGCUCAGACAAGCAGCUGUUGACCUCUGCCCCUGUAACAGAUCACUGAUGGAUGGCUCUAUGGUGUUCCCUGAGAACAGCUGUUGUGAGAACAUGAGAAUUAAGUUAAAUCGUUAAAAUCUGCUUGACUUUUGGAUUUGGACAAUUCCUAAUGCAGAGGUGCUGCUGGGUGAGGGGUGUGCAGCAAGGAAAGACCGGGUGCUCUGAAGCUUGUUUGGCUCUUGAGGCAUCUGCUGGAGGUUGGCAGUGACCUGUAGGUGGGGAUCUGCAUCUCUUGUCCAAGAGCUGGUUGACCCUCGUCAGGAGAGAGCUGCUGUCCCAGCACUGCUAUGAGACAGCUGCUUUGGAGCCAAAUCUGCCUGGCUCUGCACCCACACAACAACCUGGGCUGCCCUAAUUCUAGCUGUUGCCUUGAUCUGCAACUCAUCUUUGCUCUCUGUGAAGUCAUUACUGUACUUUGGGUUUUCCUAGAUGCAGCCUUCACUUGUCCUGCUCUGCAGGGCUGCUGUUCUGAUGUAUGAAUUUUUCAUCUUUCUCUUGCCCAUCCCAUAACUGCUGCACCCAUUGCCUGUUCCGUGCUCCCUGUUGUCAGAGCAGGUGAGUGCUUCUGACCCUACAGGAUGACUUGAUUCCAGGCCCUUUGUCUGCAAUGUGGAUAGGUUUGUGUGCCCUUUCUCCAUGUGGAGAAAAUGUGGGGUGUGAGAAUGGUUGUUUACUCCUUUUCCUCCUUGUUUUGCCAUGCUAGGAUAUCAUCCUCACGGCUGCUGAUGUUUUUUUUAGCAACAUGUACACCACUUGAGUCUCUGUACUUUAUAAAUUAAUAAAAUGCUGUGUGUUUUGUG